AUGGUUGUACGCAGAGCCCUUAUUGUUGGGCUGAUCCUCUGUUCAGCCUGCGGACUUCUUGGGGGUGAGAAGGCCCUGAAUUUUCUGCUCUUUCGAAAGAUUGUCACUGGCUACAACAGCAAGUACAUCUCCUUCUACGAGGCGGCAGUCAGUCGGGACUGCACCACGAUCAACUUUACCUUGAACAUUGCGCGGGACAUCACGGCGGACGUGUGGCUCAGGGUUACGAUGGGGCAGCGGGUGUCCAAGAGCGGAAACGCCUACCGGGACAUCUUCACGUACAAGGUGAAUAUGUGCCAGGUGUUGGGAAGGGGCAAGGGCAACAGCCUGAUCCACCUCUGGAUGGACAAUGUGCUAAGGCAGUCCAACUUUCCGCGUAGCUGCCCACUCAAGGAGGGAAACUACUACAUGCGCAACAUUCGAUCGGAAACGGAUAUUGUUCCACGGUUCAUCCGCUCGGGCAGCUUCCGGAUCGACUCCAGUGUCUAUGUGAGGGAUUGGCACAACGUCAACCUGACUGGCACCGUAUUCUACGUCGACAUCAAGAUGAAGUGA